AUGGCUGCCCUCACACCCCCGCUAUCACUGGCCUUCGAGGCUAAUAGUCUCUACAUCCUCAUCCUGGAUCGCGGAGACACCUACCUCUUUCUUUGGUCUCUGUACCUCACAACGACGGCCACAGAAGGCAUUCAUUUCCACAUAAUAAACGACUCAGGCCCGACGGACUGGAAGUACGAGCGCACACCGACGGACAAAAUGCCGUUUCUGCGCCGCUUACUGGUGGCUCUGAAGAUCGGCGCGGUGGAACCCAAAAUGCACGGUGCAUUAUCGGACCGACUGGCGCUUGUCCCGUUGACGCUUUUUUCGACGCGGUUUCGCGAGAAAUUGAGUUGUCGGGUCUGGGCUAAGGAGGCUUUGUUUGCGUUGGAUGAUGAGGGUUUUCUGGAUCUUGGGAAGACGGUGCAGGGGAUUGAGGAGGAGGCAAACUAUCUUGCUAUGAUGGCUAAGAGUAAAGGAGAUCGGAAGGUGGUGAGGAGUGCUGCUUGUACAGUCUGA